AUGAGCACGGAGUCACCGGACGAAAAUCAAAUUAGAUUUCGACUGGAGAAGCUAGAGACGAAAUGGGAUGAAUUCGAGGAAAUUCAGUGCGAAAUCCAGAGUGCUGAAGAUCACGAGGAGAACAUCGCAGGCCACCGACUUGUUCGAGAGGAGUUCGAGGAGAAAUACUUCGAGGUAAGGGCGGGGCUGGUAGGCAAAUUACCACAAACGGUAACGCAUACUACGACACAUAAUACAGCUGUAGCUUCAUCGGCGAGCGUGCAUACAUACGUACGUUUACCACAAAUAAACUUGCCUGAAUUUGAUGGGUGUUUUGAAAAAUGGCUUGCAUUUCACGACACAUUUAGAGCCCUGAUAGAUUCGUCUUCCGAGUUGAGUGGUAUCCAAAAGUUUCAUUACCUGCGGGCUUCUCUUAAGGGCGAUGCUCUAAAACUAAUCGAUUCAUAUCCGAUGAGUGAUGCGAAUUACAGGGUGGCUUGGGAUGCAUUGGUCGCUAGGUUUUCCAACAAGUAUUUACUAAAAAAGAGACACUUGAACGCUUUAUUCGAGUAUCCGAGGAUAAAAAAGGAAUCCGCUGUUGCUAUUCACGACAUCAUAGACUGUUUUGAGCGUAAUACAAAAAUUCUAGAUCAGUUGGGCGAAAAAACGAAUGGCUGGGGUGCGAUGUUGGUUCAUCUCAUGGUUUCAAAAUUGGAUGACGUUACUCAAAAACGCUGGGAGGAGCAUGCUUCAGGUGACGAUGAACCAUCGUUUGCCGUAUUAGUAAACUUUCUGAAGAAACAGACACGUGUGCUUGAUGCAGUUUCUGUGGAUCAACACUCUUCAAGUUCAGCUUAUUUGUCUUCUCCGAACGGUGCUAAAUACAGACCAGCGAAGGUAUCGGUCAACGCGGCGACUGAAAGUUCGGGUCCAAACUGCAUUGUAUGUUCCGAGCAACAUUCUAUUGCAAGAUGUCCGACCUUUUUUAAGUAUCCAGUUGAUAAAAGACUGCAGAUCACCAACUCUAAGAGAUUGUGCAGUAACUGUAUGGGACGUAAUCAUUUGGCACGAGAUUGUCCAUCGAAAUAUCGGUGCAGAACCUGUUCUAAGAAGCAUCAUUCUUUACUUCAUCCCGGAUUUCCUGGUUCUGGUUCAUCUUCUGCGGCAGGUACAACUGAGACUGGUGGGUCUCCAUCGACUUCUGGGGCUGCGUCGAACUCUGGUGGUUUGGUUUCUAGUUCGGUCGCAUCUAUAUCAUCUAACAUGGCGAUGGGGGUCACAGGAUCGCAUAUUUUCCUGCUGACGGCGAUACUGAAAGUGAAGGAUAGAUGGGGACGGACACAUCUCGCUAGGGCGUUGCUGGAUUCAGGUUCACAGGCAAACCUCAUGUCAGAAAGACUAUGUCAACUUCUCAAACUUCAGCGUAGCGACAAGAAAGUGGAAAUUAGCGGAAUCGGACAAACAAGAAGACAUAUUUCUUGGGAAGUAUCUACGGUUGUUAGCUCGCGUACGCUAGAUUUUUCGUUGCCAAUGGAAUUCUUGGUUUUGGGGCAGGUAACAGACAAUCAGCCAUCUACGUCUAUACCAUUGGCGCAGUGGAAUCCACCGUCCGAUAUGGAUUUAGCUGAUCCUGAAUUCUACAUUUCGCGCCCGAUUGACUUGGUACUUGGUUCACAGUUUUAUUACGAUUUUCAUCUUAUGGAUGGUGGUCGGUUACAAAUUCGUAGGAUCGACAAUACUCUUCCAGUUUUCGUCAACACGGUUUUCGGAUGGGUUGCAGCAGGUGAAUCCGAUUGGAAUGGUGGAAUAUCAACAGUGAGCUGCAACUUAGCUGUAACAAAAUCGCUGAAUAAAUCCAUCGAAAGGUUUUGGACAAUCGAAGAACUAUCGGACACGCUGCCUCGGACCCAAGAAGAGGAAGAUUGUGAACUACAUUUCCGGAAUACGGUCAGUCGUGAUACAAACGGGCGAUAUGUAGUGCGCUAUCCAAAGCAUAUGAACUUCCACGAAAUGAUUGGAGAAUCGAAGGAUGCAGCAAUACGAAGAUUUCAACAUUUGGAAAGGCGGUUGACGAAGGACUCCGAACUGAAGAAGCAGUACUGUGAAUUCAUGCAAGAGUAUCUAGAUCUGGAACAUAUGAAGCUCAUCGGCUCAGUGGACGGUUUGCGGGAAGAUCAAAAACCAGUUUGUUACCUUCCUCAUCAUCCAGUUUUCAAGGAAUCAAGCUCAACAACAAAGGUGCGAGUCGUGUUCGAUGGUUCAGCAAAAACUUCUACGAUUUUUUCUCUCAAUGAUGCGCUUCUUACUAGACCGGUAAUACAGGAUGAUUUGCUAGAUCUAAUGAUACGCUUCCGCAAACACGCUGUCGCUUUGGUUGCCGACAUAGAAAAGAUGUAUCGGCAAAUACGCGUACAUUCAGAAGAUACACCAUUGCAGAGAAUUGUCUGGCGUUUCAACCCAUAA